AUGGGCGGUCCAAAAGUGAAGAAUGGCGGAAAGCUUGUAGUUCACGCCAUUGAGAAGAGGCCAAAAGCGAAGAAGGGAAAUAAGGAGAAGGUUGUGGAUCCAACAACGGGAUUAGUCGUGCAAGGAGUCGACGAGAAUUAUGCUUCAGAGCAAAAAUAUCGCGAGGAUCUGAAGCAGGCUUUGAGAGAAAGUUCUCAGAUGGCUGCCAAACAAAAUAAAACACCGAGUCCCGAGAAGGCCACUCCUCCUCCUGCUCCUCCUGUGGAAGUCAAAGAAGAGCAGAGUCCUUCUAUGAUCGAUAAAAUACUCGCUUCAAUCGAUGAAGAGUCUCGAAAACAGACCACGAAGUCAUCUUCUGGAGGCGAUAAGGAUGCUGAUCCUCUCGUUAUUGCGUUGUAUAGAAGCAAGCUUACUGAAGCAGUGGAAGAAAUGUUAAAAGCAAACGAGAAAGCGCAAUCCGCACAAGCAGAACUUGAAAAAUACCGUAUAAAGUAUAGGAAGUUGGUGGAACUCUUCCGUGACACUGAAGUCACUGAAAAGGCAAAGCUAGUUAUGGACUUGGAGAAAUCUCGAACUUCCGAGGCUGAGCUGGCGUCACAACUGGUCGUAACGCAACGUGAAUUAGAGCAAUGUAGAAGCAAGUUGAGAGCUUUAGGAGCCUUAGUGACGAUGAAGAUUCGCGCGGAACUCGUUCUCGGUGAUAUUGUUACUAGCAAACUGGUGAACUUGUUUAUUGUUUCGGGUGAAGUAUUCCCAUGCUAA